AUGACUAAGAGAACAAAGAAGGCUGGCAUCGUUGGAAAAUACGGUACGCGAUAUGGUGCCAGUCUGCGGAAGCAGAUUAAGAAGAUGGAAGUUAGUCAGCACAGCAAAUUUUUCUGCGAAUUUUGUGGAAAGUAUGCUGUGAAGAGAAAAGCUGUUGGAAUAUGGGGAUGCAAGGACUGUGGUAAAGUGAAAGCGGGGGGUGCUUACACUUUGAACACUGCUAGUGCCGUGACUGUACGGAGCACCAUCAGGAGGUUGAGGGAGCAGACUGAGAGUUAA